GAUUGCAAGCUGGAAAACCACGGACUGGGUCCUUCACAGGAAGUCCACAACAGCCAAUGGGUGUUGGACAGAUGAGUUCCUUUGCAAUGCCCCAUCCAAGUAAACUGAAGUACACUCAACUAUUCAAUACCAAUGAUAGGAACAAGCGAGGUAGUUUAACAGGUGUUGAAGCCAGAGCAAUCUUCCUACAGACAGGUAUACCACAACCGAUUCUGGCACAAGUUUGGGGUCUGUCAGAUGUAGAUAAGGACGGGAAACUCACCUGUGAUGAGUUCUGUAUAGCCAUGCACCUGAUAGAUUUGGUUAAGAUGGGAGUAACACUGCCUCCAACCUUGCCUCCGGAGCUCCUCCCAGUCAAAGGUCGCUCGGGCAGCUUUGGUCCCCCACAGGUCAACCCGGUACAACAACCUGGCCAACCUCCCAAGGAUGCAUUUGAAGACCUGCUGGGGAACAUGGGUAUGCCACCUCCACAGCCUUUACAGCCCCAGGCCAAUAGCAACACAAACCAGGAACCAGAGGAGGAUAUGUCACAAGUGACAUUUGAAGACAGACGGAAGGAAAACUUUGCAAAAGGUCAGGCAGAGCUUGACCGGCGGCGACAGGCCCUUCAGGACCAGAUGAGGAGGGAACAAGAGGCUCGUAUGCAGAAAGAGAGACAAGAGCAGGAGAAAAAGGAACGAAUAAGACAAGAACAAGAAAUGAAACGCCAGAUGGAACUAGAGAAACAAAUGGAAAAACAGAGACAGAAUGAACGAGAAAGAGAAGAACAGCGACAGAAAAUUAUGGAACAAAGAGAGGCUGCCAGGCGUGAGUUAGAACGCCAGAGGCAGAUGGAGUGGGAACGACAGAGAAAAGAACAGCUACUGGCAGAGAAACGUAGAGAAUAUGAGCAGUUAGGAAACCUAAAAUCUCGUUCCAGUAACCUUAAGUGUGAGCUGGAAUCACAGGAGGGGAAAAAGACGGAAAUAACACAAAAGAUCUCUCAAGUUCGCAAUGGUGUGACUGACUUCACAGGCAGUAUAGAGUCUAUGAGAGGCAAAAGGGAUACAAAAAUGUCCGAGAUAGACCGGCUACAAAACGAACUACAGUUACUUAACCAAAACUACCAGCGUGUUCAACAGGAGAGGGAACAGCUACAUAUUCAAAUGCAGACAACUGUACAAAGUAACCCUCUGUCGGAAACUCACAGAACAGUAUUACACAGCGUAGAGCUGAAGAAGACAACAAUACAGAAGCUGAAGAAAGACCUGGAGCAGAUAGAGAGAGAUACAGAGUGUCAGCUUCAGGAGAUAGAUAACAACAACUCUGAUCUCAGUGAACUCAAUGCCAAACUAAAGGAUCUGCAGAAUGAACUGAUUACACUACAGUCACAGCAGACUUCCAAUCAACAGAAAAAUAAACAGGAGGCAGAGAAUGCCAGUAAAUUAAAGCAGGAAAAGCUACGCAAGGAACUGGAGGCCCAGAGAUUAAAGGAGGAAAGUGAAAAGAAAGAAAAACCUGCAACAACAAAUGAUGGUAGUUCAUGGUUUGCCUUUGGUAAUGACAACAAGACAUCAACAGAAAGUGCUCAAGAUGAUAUAUGGAGUAGUGCGUUUAGCUCGGAGAACUUGAAGGCUGCUGAAAACAAACAAGAUAUUUGGGCAUCUGCCUUCUCUAGUCAGACCACAGAUAAAACAUCAGUAACCAGUGAUUCGAAGAAAACUAAAUACAAAGUCAUGUACCAGUUUGAUGCCAGGAACCAAGAUGAGUUAGGAUUGAUGCCCGGCGAAAUUGUUAUGGUCCCUGAGGAUCAGACUGGUGCCGAGCCAGGGUGGAUGGGAGGAGAAAAGGAUGGCAAAACUGGCUGGUUCCCUAAAGAUUAUGUUGAAAUAGUUCAAGAGAGUGUACCAUCUAGUCAGACUUCUGUGAUGAAUGCCUUCAGUGGUGCUACCAUGUCAAUGACGAGUUCUCAGCCAAUGGAGAGUAAAGCUGCCACCUCCACAGCUCCGGCCAAAUUUGUUGAUGAUUCCUCCUUCUCUGUGGUACAAUCUAAACCUAUUGCACCGUCUCCUACUCCUGGCCAGGGCACUGCAGCUCCCGAUGGACUCCAGGCCCAAGCACUCUAUCCAUGGAAGGCAAAGAAGGACAACCACCUCUCCUUUAAUAAAGGUGACAUCAUUGUUGUGAAGGAGCAGCAAGAAAUGUGGUGGUCUGGAGAGCUCAACGGACAGGUUGGUUGGUUCCCAAAGUCCUAUGUUAAAUUAAAAGGUUCUGCACUGGCUGGAUCUAACAGAAGUUCCAGGUCCCAGACACCUACCUUGGCUGCUGAACAGAUUGAUGGAGGAGGCAGUGCUAGAUCCACACCCCAGUUAUCUGCCCUUGCCUCAGAAGGAGAGAGCUAUGUCGCUAUGUACAACUACAGUUCUGCAGAACCCGGGGAUUUGAAUUUUAAUCAAGGUGACAUCAUCAUGAUAACCAAGAUGGAAGGAGAUUGGUGGACAGGUUCGAUCGGAGAUAAAUCUGGAGUGUUUCCAGCGAACUAUGUUAAAAAGUCUGAGGUCCAGCCAGCUCCAGCUUCCACGUCACAAAGUAAAUCUGGUUCACUACCUUUGAAAAAGCCAGAGAUAGCGUCAGUGAUAGCCUCAUACACAGCCACAGGUCCAGAACAACUCUCCUUGCAACCAGGACAACUUAUACAGGUCCGCAAGAAAAGCCCCAGUGGCUGGUGGGAAGGCGAACUGCAGGCAAGGGGACAGAAGCGUAAAAUCGGUUGGUUUCCUGCCAAUUACGUAAAAUUGUUAGGAGCAUCCAGUAAACCCUCAACCCCUGACACAACCCUACAGGCUCAAAGUGGCACCUCUUCCCCAGCAACCACGAUAAACAGAACAAACACUCCUACCAUACCUCCACCCCAACUAGGAAGUCAACCAACACAGCCAGAGAUCAAGUACAUUGACCAGGUGGUGGCCCUGUACCCUUACACAGCACAGAACGACGAUGAGCUGACAUUCCAUAAUGGAUCUGUGAUAAACGUCAUCAGUAAGGAUGACGCCAACUGGUGGUCGGGCGAAUGUAAUGGGCAGAGCGGCAUGUUUCCCUCUAACUAUGUGGACGCCCUCACCACCUCGCCCCCACAGGAACCAACAUGGUCCAGUGAUCCGGCAGUGCUAGCCGAGACAUCAGCUCAGGAGAGUAAACGACAGAAUUACAUCCACGAGUUGAUAAACACUGAAAUUACGUACAUGGAUGACAUGUCCGUCGUCCUGGAUGUGUUCCAUAAACCAUUACUAGAAGGCAAUGGAAUGACAAAAGAGGAGUUAGCAGCCAUAUUUGUCAACUGGAAUGAGUUAAUUGUGUGCAAUACAAAGUUGUCAAAGUCCAUGAAAGUGAGAAGGAAGAUGUGUGGAAAAGGUCAGGUGAUCCGUGUCAUAGGUGACAUUUUAUGUGAAAACUUGCCACAUUUGACUCCCUAUAUCCGGUUCUGUAGCUGUCAGCUCAAUGCUGCAGCACUGCUCCAACACAAGACAGAAAAUUCUCCAGAGUUUAAAGAGCUCCACAAGAAGUGUGUAACUGAUGUACGGACUAAGGGCAUGCCCCUCAGUAGCUUUCUACUUAAACCAAUGCAGAGGAUCACAAAGUACCCAUUAAUGAUAGGAAAGAUUCUGCAGUACACUCCAGUGGGUCACCCUGAUCAUCAGAAUCUCACAGACGCUCUGUCCAAAGCUGAGGAAUUGUGCAGCCUGGUCAACGAGGGUGUAAGGGAACGAGAGAAUUCUGAUCGCCUUGAGUGGAUUUUCAGUCAUGUCCAGUGUGAUGGCCUGCCAGAGAAAAUUACAUUUAACUCAGUAACAAAUUGCUUGGGACCAAGGAAAUUGUUGUAUUCUGGGACAUUGUACAAGAACAAGAGUAAUAAGGAGCUUGUUGGUUUCCUGUUUAACGACUUCCUGUUGCUGACCGUUCCUCUGACCAGUUCCACAUCCGUGUUCGUGUUUGACCCUAAGGCGAAGGCUCAGUACAAGAUGUAUAAGUCUCCAAUUUUCCUGAAUGAAGUAAUGGUGAAAAAAAAUACAGAUGAAGAUUCUGAAACCUGUCAGUUUCAGCUGUCUCAUGUAGACAGAGUGUUCAACUUGCGAGCUACAAGCCAGACAGAACGAGAUGCUUGGUGUAAGAAUAUAGAGUCAGCAUCUCGUCACUACCUGGAGACAGAGAAACGGAAACGAGAGAAGACACACCAAUCUGUCACUAAGACCAACAUCGUUGGUCGCCUCCUGGUCAUUAUCACAGAGGGUAUAAACCUUGCACCCUCUCAGGACGUGCGACACACUGGAGGGGUUGGCCGUCUGCUUGUGUUGAUCCUCGAGGCCUGUCACCUGCAACCCAGUGACGACAAUGGAAAAAGCGACCCAUUUUGUGAAGUCAGCAUGGGAGUGCAGGAACACAAAACCAAGGUCAUUAAUUCAACCUUGAACCCGAAGUGGAACCAAUCAAUGCAGUUCACCAUCCGAGAUGUCGAACAGGAUGUCUUGUGUAUCACAGUGUUUGACAGAGACCUGUUUUCUCCUAAUGAUUUCCUGGGAAGGACGGAGAUAUGUGUGAAGGAAAUCAUGGACGAGAACAAAACCAUCAAAGGACCAAUCACAAAGAGGCUGUUACUACAUGAAGUUAGCUCGGGGGAGGUGCUGGUGAAACUAGACCUCCAACUGUAUGACAAGGAUACGUAACAGUCAAAUAGAUGUUAAUCCACGGCUGUAAUAACAGGCUGUAGAUCUGUUGUGUUAGGCAAUAAAUACACUACAAUAUAUUGUGUGUUUUAUCAAUGGCAUGGGUGUAUAGUAUUUGAAUUGUAUUUGAGGGAAAAGAAAAUGGCUCUGAAAUUUGAAUUUUCUCCAGCUCUAGAUUGUCAUUUUUGCAUCGUGGCCCAAUAUGAAGUGAAUUGUAUGUCAUUUUUAAUGUAAAAUCACUGCAAACUUUAGGAAAAACUAAAGUUUAGAUAAAGCUUCAAAGUCCUUUAGUCUUGUGAUGUUAAAAAUAGGAUAAUAAUGAAACAAAUGUUUACCUGCACGAGUCUCUGUGCUUGAAACAUUUACCCGGGUAGAUGCCUGCGUUGAAAUUGACAGUACCAAGUUAACAAGUCAAGUCUCUACUAGGGACUUCCAGGUGCAUAUCUGUUGCAUUUCGUAUUAAACUAGUCUUCCUGCUGGUAACAUUCGGGUACCUGGAUGUGUGAUUGGACAUUAAUCAGUAAACUUGUAAAGUCUCCCUACUCGGGACUUUGGUGUGUGUGUGUUAGAUUUGUGUUAUUGUUGGAGAUAUUCAGGUACCUCAAUACUGAAUUGGAUACAUCACCACACAAACCUACCUUUCUGAAGACAUUUGGAUAAUUCUUAUAUCAGAAUGGACAUUAAACUUUUUUGAUCUUUGCUUCUGGAGGCAGACUUGUACCUGUAUAUGAGAAUCAACUGUUACAUACAGUAGCCUGGACGCUGGAGACAAUCCAGUGCCUGUAAGAAUCCAUGGAUGAUGAAUUUCAUGUUGCUCUUUAGGCUUAAAUAAAGAAUUCUCUGUUAUAUUUAUUAUAACCAAUUAAUGAAGCACUGGCCCUUUCCACCUGCAGUAAGCGUCAUUUCAGCUGCAGCCUGUGUAUCCAGCAUCAACACACAAAUGGUUGGCUUGUCAGAAAUCCUAUAUAUAGAAUGUUGUGAUUUUAUAAAAGUAUUGCUAUCUGUAUGGUAAAAUGUUGGUACUAUGUUUUUUGUUUGUUGUAUUUUUCACAACCAUCAAUCUUGUCCAUUCUCCUUCACAUCUAUUUACUGAAGUGUUUUUUUUUUCUUUUUUUUUUUUUGUCACUUUCCAAGAAAAGGUAGUAAGUUAACAAUGUGAUAUGGAUAGAAAGUUUGAAAUUUUUAAUUAAUCAAAUUGAAGACUUAUUUACUUUAAUGAAAGGUAACAUUAAGGAGUGUAAAACAUUCCCCUGGGUAAAAGAUAAGAGAUAUUGCUCUUUUAUUGGGGGAGGAGGGUGGUGAUUUUACUUGAAAGCGAAGAAUAUUAUAUAUUACUGUACAAAAUAUUAAAUGAAAUCAGAUAUGGAAAUAGUAUAAGGGUAAUUAACAUGGAGUAUGCAAUCAUUGCACUAUUACUUGUACAGUACUGUAAAUUAGACAUUUAAGCACUGGAUUUGUAAUUAUCACCAAUACUACAGAAUUUAGUUAACAGUAAUCACCUGUUAUUUAGUAUAUUUUAUUUGAAGCACCUACUUGUGUGCUGGAUGUAGGAAGUGACAUAUACAUGUAUGUAAUUUAGAUUUAAUUUUUUUUAAAUAAUACAGAAUUUGCCUCCAACUUUCCCUUUGUCACAUCUUGUCAAUUGUGAGAUUCUAGUCAGCCAAGAGAUGGGAUGAUUUGAAAAUACUCUUAGUGAUAUCAGCCAUUUAUGAACUUGUCGAUGUAACACAUAUUAUAGAAAAUAACAAAUGUCUAAACUUUUAAAAGUGAGUCACAAAUUUAUUUUUUUAUUUAGUGGUAUAUACUGUGCAUUUGCAUUUACUAUACACAACUUCAAUUUCCUGUAUAAAUGUUUUCUAGAUUACAUCGGAAAUAUUUUUAUCACAUAAAUUUGAAUGUAUGUUACGAACACUAAAGGGUAGAAUUUGUAGUUCUUUCACAACAGGUACACUGUAGAAGUCAACAGAAAUGAAACAGUUAUUUCAUAUUUCAUAUGUUGAUGCGUCUGGCAAGGUGGUCUUUUUUUAAAAAAAAAUCAAUAUUUCUGGCAAGGUGGUCUUUUUUUUAAAAAAAUCAAUAUUUCUGGCAAGGUGGUCUUUUUUUAAAAAAAAUCAAUAUUUCUGGCAAGGUGGUCUUUUUUUUUUAAAAAAAUCAAUAUCUUGAAACAAUACUUUCAAAUUUAAACAUUAUAAUGAAAAAAAUCAUUUAUCUAGACCCUGAUUUCAGUAUCUAGUGUUUUAUCCAUAACAAUGGUAUCAAUAUGAUAAAAAAUAGACAAACAAUAUACUCCUAAUCUGAUUGUAAGUCUAUACAUCUAUGCCUGUUGUAAUUAGUUAGAUAUAUUUUAUUCUGAUUAACAUUUGUUUAAUUAUUUCACACUAAUUAUUUUGAGUAUCUUACUUUUCUGGAUGAAGGAAAAUGUAUCUUUAAAUUGAGGAAAAGAAUCUUGCAAGAUUUGCUUAACAAUACAAUUAAUGUCCAUCUCGGUAAUGUACUCAGUACUAGUCUUAUUAGGGAGAACCUGAAUUUUCACAAUGGAAGUUUAUCCAAUUAAGAGCAUGUUUUAUUAAUUAAGAUCACUUGAUAUAUUUGUUUUUUGUUUGUUUGUGACAAAUGUGUGGGGAAAAAUGUUUUAACACUGAACAAAAUACCUGUCAUGGGUCGUACGGUCAGAACCAAAAUAUAAAGUAAAAUGAAAUAUUUGUAUAUUUUUACAGAAUGACAAUAUACAUGUAUCCUAGUGUAUGUUUUUACAUGUAUAAUUUUCACGAUUUUAGUGAUGUGUGAUAUAUAGGGUUCAGGUUUAGAAUUUCUAAAAUAAGAGACUUUGUGGCUUUUUGGGCAUUUUUUAUAGGAUCCUGGUCAAAUUUAUAACAUAAUGUUUGCUUUUAUCAAGUUGUGUAUUUACCUAUAGACCUGGUACAUAUGCUAGUUUUAACACAUUUGUUUUCCUAAGUUACUACCUUCCUGCUUUGUUUUAUAUAUUUUGUUCCUUUGUUUUAUUUAUGUAUUGAUUUUAAUUUACAUUCCCGUAAAAGUGGCAGGUUCACUGAACGAGUUAUGAUUAUUUAAACAUUUCUGACAUAAUUUUCAUUAAUUUUCGUUUUCCUUACAAGUUCUAGUAGAAGAAUAUUUUUCAUACCAAGUCAAAAUUUUAUAAAUGUUUAUUGUUUUUUCUGAUAUUUGUAUGGAAACAGUCUACUCAUCAUAAAUUCCAAUUAAUUAUUGCAAAUAAAUAGUUAAUAAUAAAAAAAGUGAGAAGAUCCCCACAUCUAUACUACAGUAACACAGUUAUCUCCCUUCUACAAUCAGCUUAUCAAAUUAAAAAGAACUUCAAACAUGUUGUGCCAUUAUGCCAUCAUUUAGUCUACUCAGUAAAUACAUUUUAUUAUUUCUUUGCUCAGUGGGAAGGAACUGUUUCGGGUAAAAGAAACAUUGCAUCAUUCAGUAAGUAAAGCAUACUUAAACACAAGUAUUUUUUUCCCUUUAGAAAAAAAAACAAAUAAUUUGAAGUGAUGAUCAAAUUUGUAUUGACAAGGAGUGGUUUUGAAUGGUUAAGAUAUGUUCCUUUUCGCUUAAAAACUUAAAAAAAAAAAAAAAAGACGUAAUAUUAUGUACUUGUGCUGGUCUUAACUAUCUACAUAGGAAUUGACCAAAUAUUUUUCUUUUCAUGUCUACAGUAACAUACUUACAUCCACAUAAACAGAUAUUACCUUUAUAAGUGCUGAUUGUUCUAUUCCAAACACGAAAUCUAUCACUAUUCCAUAAUUUUCUGUAAAUUUCCUUGCAUGGUGUUUCUGUUACUCUGAUUUUACAGGUCCUGGUGUUUAGAUGGUAUAUUUAAAAUGCUGGAAUAGUGAUAUGAUAUUGUUUUAAAAUCUAAUUUUCAUGUAGAUUUAAUCACUCAGAAACAGACUUUACAAGUGGAUUUCUAAAGUAACUGUAUCUGAUCUUAUAUGUGAUUGUGAAAUAACAAUUUCGCAAAUACUUAUUUUGCUAUUUUCUCAGAAAUUUAAAACAUAAUUAUAACAUGAUGUUAUGUUGUUUUUUUUUUCAGUUUCAUAGAGAUACAUGUGAUAACUGAAAUAAGAUAUGAUGAUUCUACUUACAAUCCUCAACUAUUUUGAAUUAUGUAAGUUUGAAGUAUUUAGUGAGAGUUUCGAAGUCCCUAAUUAAAUCCUUAAUCAUAUUUCAUGUUGAUAGUUAAAAUGGCCUUCUCAUCAUCAUCACGUCAUUUUUUUGACAAUUUUUGACAUUUUGAAAAAUGUAUUGACUGUAAUCUGUACAGUUUUAUUUUCAAAGAUCUGUAUAUUAUAACCCUUGUACCAUUUAAAAUUUUACGAAAUAAUUUUGAAUUAAUGAUAUUUUUGUAAUUCAUUAUAUGAAAUAGAUUGUUCAUAAGACAAUUUUUGUGUAACAUCCUCUGUGUAACAGAAAUAGUGAUGAUGUGCUUUGAAUUUUUUCAUAUAAAACCGUUUGGAAAUAAUGAUAAUGAUAUUGUAUAUGCAUCUGCAACAGCUUGACCAUAACAAUAAUAGUAUUGAAUUUCAUCAUCUGAAACAGCUUGAUAAUGUAUUAACAAUGAUAAUCCUUUCUUUAUUGCUCUUAGUUUCUGUAAAAUUUAAUUGAUCUUACUUAAUUAACGGAAGUAUCCAGGAAUAAGACCAUGUCCUGUAAUAAGCCCACCCAAAUCUAUUACAGUUUCAGUAGCCAACAGAAUUAUUAACAUGAAAAGUUCGUCCUUUUUCAGUAAAGCUCCAAGGUUGUAUAGUGACUCCCUGUGCUUCAUGUAGGAUAUAUAUUCAUGUAGUAAUCAUUGUACAGUGUACUCAGCUACAUAAAAGGUUAAAAGACUAAUACUAUAAGACUAGCUACAGGUUUGAAAUAUCUGUAUGUUUUUCACUUUUCUAAAUCUGAAAUUUUCUCAUCUGCAUUUUACGACGUAUAUAUGUAGUGUAGAUCUCUAUGUACUGUGUAUACCAGUAGUGGCAGUGUGUACAGUGAUGUAGUGUCAGGUUGUAGCGUUAAAUUCUGUUGGCCAUUGCUCCACUGACCCUAAGGUGCAAUAUGUAUAGCUGGUCAUUUUAGUGGACAAUGGUCAUUUCACAAUUAAUAACAAUAUGAAAUAUUAUUAAAUAUGAUGUAAAUAAAAUAAAUAUUUUUAAAAGUU